UCAUUGGGUUCAAUCAUGUUUAGAGGUUCAUCAUCAAAAACCACCGUAGCCGAUCGUGGGGAUCCUAACGAUCCCCGAGUAAGAUUAAAACGUGAUUGCGUUGGGAUUAUGGCUGCUUUCAAACUUGGGCAGCCUUUUCAUCAUGUUGUAAUUCUAGCCAACACCCAUCUUUGUUGGGAUCCAGAAUGGGCUGAUGUGAAGCUCGCUCAGGCUAAGUAUCUUUUAUCACGCCUAGCUCGAUUCAAAUCUUUAGUUGCUGAAAAGUUUGAAUGCACACCCUCAGUACUUUUGGCUGGCGAUUUCAAUUCAACCCCAGGAGAUAAGAAGGUGUCUUUCAGACAAGAAGAUUUUGGCAUUAUUACGAGGUUGAGGUUGAGGUAUAGGUCAAGACAUGUUGUUGAGUUUGAACAGGAUAAAAGCUCUUAGAUUGAGACGCUUAUAUUUGGUUGGUAGGGCAAACAUGAAUGGGUCUAAAUUGGGUAAAGAUUACCAAAACCUUCAAUUUGAGAGUUACAAGCCUACGGUAUGAACCAUUUUUGUUCUUCUAAAGUUAUUUUUGUCACGAAUGAAUUAACCAUUUCUGUUCAAAUACCUAUAGUGACAAUAUUUUUUUAUAUUUUAUUAAGUUAUAUUUUCGAAACAAGAGUAUUUUAUGAUACAAAACAUUAAAGUUUUUCAUCUAAA